CUCCGUGCGCCCACUGCCAUGUACGACUCGGAUACCUCAAAGGACACACCGAAGCGUGGUCCGUGCACAGAGGGCACGCGUGUCCAGGUCUUGGAGCGCAUCCGAGCUUGGGCCAUUGAUAAUUCUCCGUCGUCCCCCCCAAUAUUCUGGCUCAGCGGAAUGGCGGGCACCGGGAAGUCCACCAUCGCAUAUACCGUCUGUCGAUCUUUUGACUGGGGCGGUAUCCACCAUAUUCUGGGUGCCUCCUUCUUCUGUUCCCGCCAAGUCGAAGAUCUGCGACGUCUGAGCAGCAUCAUACCUACUCUGGUAUAUCAGCUCGCACGGCAUUCUUCAUCGUUUGCAAAAGCUCUUUUCAACGUCAACCGGGAUGAUGUUCAUGACUCAGCCAAACACAUCAGUCACUUACUAGUCCAACCGUGGCGGUCAUCGUUGAAAGACCGUCCUGACGAUCGUCUUCCCACUCUCAUCGUCAUCGAUGCUCUCGACGAGAUCGUCGAAGAUGGUGGCCCGAAAUUGCUACGAUCCCUUAUUGAGAUGAUGGCAGAAGUAGGACCCAGCUACAUGCAUGGUCUCAAGAUCCUCAUAACGAGCCGUCCUCACCCUGACAUAGUCUACAAUGCCCAGUCGCUAUCACGAGAGGCCACUUAUCGUCUGGAAGAUAUCGAUAGGGAAACUGACCGAGAUGACGUUAUGAAGUUCAUUGUCGACAGUUUGCCAGAACUUUGGACCUCAUAUCGAAACGAACUUUACGGCCUUGCGGACCUCUCGAAUGGCUUGUUCAUCUAUGCUGCCACUGUGAUUCGUCUGAUAUCCCGUCGUGACUUUUCCACGAAGCAAAAGGCUGAGAGAAUCUCUGUGAUCCUGCGGGAGCAGAAUACCCGCCCACUACGAGGCGAGACUCGCUUGCCCAUUGAUAAUAUCUAUGCGGACAUCCUCGACGAGUCCAUCCGACUCAACCAUCCAGACGAAAUCAGCAGCUUCCGACUUACCGCUCUCCAUGGCAUCCUAUGCGCUCUUCGACCCCUCUCCAUCCUUGAACUCGCCGACGUUAUAUCAAAAGACUCUGAUGACAUUGAUCCAGAAGCGGUUCGGCUGCUUGUCGACGAUCUUCAUGCCGUCACAUACAUCUCAAACGACCGCAUAUAUACACACCACCAAUCAUUCCCCGACUACAUGUUUGACGAGCAGCGCUGUGGCCCACAUGUGACAUGCCGACCGGGUGCUAUUCAUCCUGUCCUUGCUCAAGGGUGCUUUCGUAUCAUGAAACAAUCCCUGCGGUUCAACAUAUGCAGUAUCUCGUCAUCCUACUGUUUUGAUUCCGAGCUUGUGGAUCUCCCUGAGUCCAUUACCAGAAACAUCACCAGUAUCACAGCUCUGGAAUAUGCAUGUCGGUAUUGGCCAUCACAUCUCAAAAGCAUACCGACCGAAAGCGAAAGCGCCCUUUACCUCCUCCACCAACUGCUGGCAUUCAGUCGGUCAGAGAAGGUGCUGUUUUGGAUCGAAGUCAUGAAUCUUCUUUCUAUCAAGAUGGAAUGCUAUAAUGGAAUGGGAGCGGUGAUGGAAUGGCAAUUCGAAGCUAUGCCUGAGCUGCAGCUUGCCUUGAAAUCAGUAUUCAGAGUUAUCCGGUCAUUUCUGCAUACCCCUGCAUCACUAUCAACACCGCAUCUGUACAUCUCGAGUCUGGCGGCGGACCUUGCCUCGAAUUCAGAGAUGCCUAGGGAGUGGGGGGCGGGCUUUUCUGGUUUGCCACGCCUGCGCUUUGUCGGAGUCAGUAAUCAUGGCGGUGUUCUCAUGCAAGUGGACGUCGGGGCUGCAGUGCAGUCCGUCGCAUUCUCUGCUGAUGGUCAACACAUCGUCUCGGGUUCGAACAAUGAAGUGGCGCGCAUCUGGGACGCAUCCACUGGGAAGGAAUUGAAGAAGCUGGAGGGGCACACUGCAUCCAUCACCUCCGUCGCCUUCUCCAUCGACGGUCAGCUCGUUGUCUCGGGCUCAGUGGACAAGUCGGUGCGCAUCUGGAACGUUGCCACCGGGGAGGAGCUGCAUAAAUUUGAACUGGAGGGACACGUUGGCCGUGUCACCUCUGUCACAUUUUCCGCCGAUGGCAAUCACGUCGUAUCGGGUUCGUCCGACAAGUUGGUACGCAUCUGGGACAUAACUACAGAGAACCAGCUACCAGUGAAGAAGCUGCACGGUCACACUCGCUAUGUCACCUCCGUCGCUUUCUCCGCAGACGGCCAGCAUGUCGUCUCGGGCUCGUAUGAUGAAUCGGUGCGCAUCUGGGAUGCGUUCACCGGGAUGGAGUUGCAGAGGCUAGAGGGCCACACUGGCUGUGUCACCUCCGUUACAUUCUCUGCCGAUAGCCAGUUCAUCGCGUCGGGUUCGUCUGACAAGUCGGUGGCCAUCUGGGACGUAUCCAUAGGGAAGGAACUGCAGAAAUUGGAAGGCCACGCUGCCUCCGUCACCUCUGUCGCCUUUUCCGCUGAUAGGCAGCGGGUUGUCUCGGGCUCAAGCGAUGAGUCGGUGCGCAUCUGGGAUACAUCUGCCGCAAGGGAACAGCAAAAACUGCAAGGCCACACUGACUCCAUCACCUCCGUUGCCUUCGCCGCUGAUGGCCAGCACAUCAUCUCUGGAUCGUACGACAAGUCAGUACGCAUCUGGGAUGCAUACACCGGGAAGGAGUUGCAGAAGCUGGGCCACACUGCCUCUGUUACUUCCGUCGCCUUCUCUCCCGACAAUCGACAUGUCAUCUCUGGGUCAUCUGAUAAGUUGGUGCAUAUUUGGGAUGUAUCCACCGGGGAGCAGUUGCAGAUGCUGGAGGGCCAUACUGAACAGGUCAACUCUGUCGCCUUCUCCGCUGAUAGCCAGCACAUUGUAUCGGGCUCGUCUGAUCAAUCGGUGCGCAUAUGGGAUGCAUUCACCGGAGAAGAGCUGCAAGUUCUGGAAGGCCAUACUGCCUCUGUUACCUCCGUUACUUUCUCCACCGAUGGCCACCUUGUCGCCUCUGGAUCAUCUGACAAGUUUGUGCGCAUAUGGGACAUAUCUACUGGGGAGGAGCUGAAGAGGCUGGAGGGGCACACUCAGUAUUCGGUGCGUAUAUGGGACGUAUACACCGGGGAUGAGCUGCAGAUACUAGAGGGCCACACUGCCUCCAUCACCUCGGUCGCAUUCUCAGAGGACAGCCGGCACGUAAUUUCUGGAUCGGACGACAAGUCGGUGCGCCUCUGGGAUGCACUCACCGGGAAGCAGCUGCGGAUGCUCAAGGGACAUACUGACCAGGUCACCUCCAUUGCCUUUUCCACUGGAAGCCCGUACAUUGUCUCGGGCUCAUCCGACAAGUCGGUGCGCAUCUGGGACACCUCGACCAGGAAGGAAACUCAUGGCAUAGAAUGGAAGACAAACCCGGAUGGCUGGCUCUUAUCGACAAGAUCCAAACAGCCUCUUGUUUGGAUCCCGACUCAUUUACACCCAGGCCUUUGCGACAAAGAUACUCUCCUCAUCAUGUCUCAAAAUCCUUAUACCACAAUCGACUUUUCAUCAGCCUGUUUGGGGACCAAUUGGAUGAAAUGUUAUACUGAACGCGGCCAGAGUCGUGAAGUAUAG